UACACGAAGACGCAAAUCGGUCCCAGCGCUGAAGCUCCGCAUUCGGGAAAAGCCGUUACAGCGUAACCGAGCAACGCAAGUUUUUUUUUUUUUCCCACCCCGUUUAAACUCACUUCCCUCAUCAUAAACGCUUUGAACUUUUGAUUCGACAACAAAGGAGUUUAUUUAUUUCUGUAUCUAUUUCGACCUGAUCUGAAGGACGAUGCGAUGAGAAACAGGGAGUUCGGGAGCGGGACGGUGCGGCUGGAGGCGGCGGAGGGAGAGCAGCGGGGCGGAGAGCAGCGGGGCGGAGAGCGGGGCAGACCGCGGGGGUUUCCGCUCCGAGCGGCGGAGGAGACAUGCGGGCAUCACGGCCGCAUCAUGAAGGGGCUCGCGUUCCUCCUGCUGCUGCCGGCGGCGCUCAAGAAGUCCCGGAAAUCCGCCAAGGGCUCGGGGAGAGCGCCGACCUGCCUGACCCCGAGGAUGAAGGUGAAGCCCGGCGCGGAGGAGCAGGAGGAGCCCGGGAGGACCGGGAGGACCGGGAGCACCGCACUGACCCUGCCUGAGGAGGAGAGCCGCGGCCCGGCGGGGCAGAGUGACAGCACCGCGCCGAGGGAAACACACACACACCGGGGACACACACACACCAACCUCCGAGACAGGAAUGCGAUGAUGUUCAAUAACGAGCGAAUGGCGGAUGUGCACUUCAUCGUCGGCCCUCCAGGAGCGACUGAAAAAAUUCCAGCACACAAGUACGUCCUGGCCGUCGGGAGUUCGGUUUUCAGCGCCAUGUUUUAUGGCGACCUUGCAGAGGAAAACUCCGAGAUCCAGAUCCCAGAUGUGGAACCGGCUGCUUUUUUAAUCCUGCUCAAGUAUUUGUACACCGAUGAGAUCGAGCUUGAGGCGGAAACAGUCGUCGGGACGCUCUACGCAGCCAAGAAGUACCUUGUGUCUGCGCUGGUUAGAGCGUGUGUGCGCUUCCUGGAGUCGAGGCUGGAGGCGGGUAACGCUUUUGCACUGCUUUCUCACAGUUAUGCGCUGGACGAGUCCGAGUUAGUCCAAAGCUGUUGGCGGGUCAUCGACGCGCAGGCUGAGCUGGCGCUAAGAACCGACGGCUUCCUCCAACUUGACUCCGGUACUCUCGAAAACGUCCUGCGACGCGACUCGCUGAACGCUAACGAAUCUGCCGUGCUGCAGGCGGUACUGGCGUGGGCCGAGGCAGAGUGCCAGCGGCGUGGCACGAGCGCCACAGCUUCCAACAAGCGAGCCGUCCUAGGUGAAGCGCUUCACCUUUUACGUCUGCCCGCCAUGACGCUAGAAGAGUUCGCUAACGGUGUGGCUCAGUUUGACUUCCUGACUCCGCAGGAGACGCGCGAUAUCUUCCUGUGGUUCACCGCAGCUGAGAAACCAAGGCUGGAUUUUCCCGUGUCGCCGAGGACGGGGCUCGAGCCGCAGCGGUGCGGCCGAUUCCGGUCCUCGUCGUACCGGAGCAAUCAAUGGAGAUACCGAGGACGGUGCGACAGCAUCAGGUUUGCGGCGGACCGGCGCGUUUUUGUGGCUGGACUCGGACUUUACGGAUCCAGCGUACGGGAGGCCGAGUACAGCGUCCAGAUCGAGCUGAAGAGACAGGAGGAGACGCUCGCACAGAGGCUGACCAAGUUCAUAUCGGACGGUUCGAGCUCAGUGUUCGUGGUGUUUUUUGAGCAGGUGGUCCAGGUGGACCCGGACGUUUUCUACACCGUCAGCGCCGUUCUAGACGGAACCGAGCUAAGUUACUUUGGACAAGACGGCCUGACAGAGGUCCGCUGUGGUGAAGUCACAUUCCAGUUCCAGAGCUCGUCAGACAGCACCAACGGGACAGGGGUGGAGGCGGGGCAGAUUCCAGAACUCGUCUUCUACACGUGAGGACGUGGACCGGUCCUUAAUGCACUUGGAUUUAUCUGAGCAUUCUUGAUUACAUAAACAGGACACUAUGACACAGGACACUGAAGGGGACACGCGAUUACGUUCCCCUGACAGGCAACACUGGGACAGAAACACUGGGGGAUGGGGGGGGGGUGUCGUCGUGGACACGUGGGGAUUUGGACUGGUCACAGGGAAUUAUCACAAGUCUAAUCAGAUUUAUUUACUGAAUCAGGACGCAGGUUAGCGUUUUCAAACGGAAUGCUCUUCAUGAUCUUAUUUAUUUCUUUAUAUUGUACAGCUUAACUUAAACCCAUGUUACUUUUUUCCUAUUUCUAUCACACACAUAAAUCCGCCUGUGAACACUGACAUGGGAUUGUACUGCUCUGAGAAGCGUGACUCUAAUGUAUUUUAUUUAUUUAUUCUUUAUGUUCUUAACAGCGUGACGCUGGCUGAGAGAAUACCGAGGCUGAACAGUUGCUGAUUAGCAAUUCAUUACUUCCUUGCUUAAAAUAAAAAAUGUCACAUAAGC